AUGAAUCAUUCCAAGUUUAAGCCAUCUCGGCUAAACUACCAAGAACGAUUGCAAAGAGGAGGAGUAAAAUAUUUUGAUAUAUUGAAUCGUCUUGAAAAGACUUUUGAAAAAAUUUGCAAAAUAAAUCAUCAAUACAAUAAUUUUCUAUGAAUUAUUUAAUUCAAAGCAGUAUAAUCAUAAAAACCUAAACUCUCCAGAAUUCGCCCUUGCAGUUGACAUAACUGCAACCACUUCUUUAACUCCAGAAGAGACUACCUUUAAGCCGCUUGAAAGACACAACCACGGAAUGAUGAACGAAACUAAAUCAUCCAUAAAAACAAGGAGAAACAAAGGAAUUUUAGUUGUCAAUGACGAUUUACAGAAACUUAAAGAAAAAUUAAGGAUGAAAGAUAUAGAGCUGGACUUAUUAAAGCAAGAAGAAAAGAGGUCCCAGUACAGCCAGGAGCCUUUGAUAAGAAAUGAGAGAAAUUCUAAUGAAAUUGAUAGGACUUUUGAUAAUGGAAUUGGAGGGAAUCAUAAGAAGCCAUUUGAUGCAGAUAGAAGCUUUGAUUAUUUAUUGAAUUCGAAAAAGAGCCCUGAGCUAGAUAGAAGCUUUGAGAAUAAAUCAUACGACAGAAGAGCAAGAGACAAUAGGAGCCUCUCACCAGUUCCAACAAAUAUAAUUGGGUAUAAUACUCCAUCCUAUAAAAACCCAGUAGAUUUGCUGUCAUUAGCUUGGCAUCCUGCAUUCAAGCAGCCACUCUACACAAAAAAUAACCCAAAAGUCCAUAACUUAAACCCAAUAACAGGCUUUAUUGCUGAAAGUCACUCGAGAGAAUCUCCAACAGUGAGAAGAGGAAUGGCUGAGUACGGAAAUAGUAUUAUAGGAAAUGGUUCACCUAUGAAAAAUCAAUAUGUAUAA